GUCAAGCACUGGGACCUGUGAGCUCAUUUAGUGCUGAAACGGAGAUUGACAGUUAAAGUAACCUCGUAUGAAUCAAUUGCUAAGAGAGGGUCGAAAGCCAGUUGGAAGAAAGAGAAUAUGAAAGGAGGUACAGUAAAAGGAACGAAAGGGGUUGCAGCUAGGGGCCUCGAGAAUGCACGCUGCAAAGAACCUCAAGUAAUGCGUGAGGUUACUGGCGGCACAACCCCUCCCAAACUUUACUAGAGGUCACUAUCUGGGAAAGACCUGAGUAUUCUACCAACCUUUUUUACUAUAUCCCCAAAUCUCAGUUUAUUAUUAUUAUUAUUAUUAUUAUUAUUUAGGAUUUCGGGCCUUCUUACUCUAAAGAAUAUAUGAUACUUCCGACAUUAUUUAGUUAAGGGUGGUGACUUACUUUUAAAAUCAGGAGGAUUUCCAAAAUCCUAUGGAAACUAGGUAAUAUGACCGUGGAUGAAGAUACAAAAAUAUCUACAUGCUUACAUGACAUAAGAGUAUAACAUUGCACUGACUUAUAAAUCCUAGCCUUAUGACACGAACAGAGAUAUCAUUAGUUGCAGUAAUUGUAGCAAAUGUAAUGGUAAAAUGCCUUUCCAGAUUGGUAAAUGUUAUUAGAGAUGGAGUGUUGUUAUAUAAUGGACCCCUGCUUUUUGCCUGUAUACGUUUAAUCAAUAGCUGUUGACGGUAUACACUCCUCCACGAAAAUGAUGCAAGAAAGCCCAUAUUUCUUAUCGCUUCGCGUCUAACUUUGUUUUCUUGUUAUAAUCGUAUCUUGAACUACACAGCAUCCAAGCAUCUCUCGCAAUCUUACGAGAGAUGAAAAUAAUUAUGAAUGUUGCUAAACAAAAAUCUGAAAAAUAAAAAACUUGACACAUCAAAAUCCUCUGGACUAGACUCUCAGCGAAGUAACCUUGACUUUUUACAUGGAUUUAUUAUUAUCGAGCGAUUUCUCUAUAAGCAUCUCUCUCCUGUUUGGCGAGGACGCGCAUCACCUCCAGCAGCGAUUGUGUUGACGAACCGUUGCUAAGCAACGGCUUCGGGCUCUCGGCCAAACAAACCCACCCAGCUGACUGGUAUCUGGACCGUGCACUAGCUAUACGUCAGAGGAGAGCAGUGUACCGCUUGUCACCAGUGACGAUCGAAACGGAUUCCUAAUCUAGAUCUUUUCUCAGCGAAUCAUUUCAAACUUGCGAUGCUGGACAUCUCUAUAAUUGAGCGACACAUGGCGCUUGGAUGUUGAAGCAUCUACGGAAACAUUCGGUGCUGAAAUGUUAUUCAAACUGUGAUGUAAACACUGGUGGUUUCUAGCAAAAUGUAUGAAAGAGAGAAGGCGGUGCUGCUGGCCUCUUCGGCUUCCAUGAUUUCGAACAAUGUCUGUCGACUUAGUAUAAAUGGGAAGAUGUACGCAGGCGUCGUCCACAGCGGGGAGCUGAACGUCGUCUGCCCCUCUAGCCCGGACACCGAACCCAGGAGGGUGGUAGCUCAUGUAGGGUCCAGUUCUUCCAUCGUCGCCACUAUCAUGCAGGCCUCCUGGGUGCAGGUCCACGACAGAGCGCUUCUCGUCCUAGCCACCAACGCGGGCGCCCUCAUAUACGAGUGGGACGGCUCCGUGCUGCUGUGCGCCCACCUCCUCCCGCAGCCGAGUCCUGACGCCCACGCUUCCUUCUGCAGGGGCAUUGCCGCCCUCUACACGGGCUUCAUCUGUGUCGGUGUUCACACGGGCGAGAUCGUCGCCUUGAGCGUGGAGGCGGGCCCCAACGGCAUCAUAGAGGAGGCGGAACGAGUCAGGUGGCACUCGCGCCCCAUCACGGCCCUGGCCUCCUACGGGAAGGUGCUCGUCAGCGGAGACGACGCGGGGAACAUCGCCAUCUGCGAGGACAGGGAGGCGGGGGCAGGGCUCUCCAGACUGGCUUCCAUUGACUCCUACGGGUCACCAGUGACCUGCCUCGCCACUUGGUCGGGCAUGGUGAUAGCAGGCUACCUCUCAGGUCACAUCAGGCUAUAUCACCUCCAGGACGGGAAGAUCAUGGCGGAGGUCUGCGCUCACGUCCGGAACAUCACAGCUGUGGACGUUGCCCAAGAGACUGGCUACCUGCUGUCGGCGAGUGAGGACACCUACGUCAGAGUUUGGCAGUUGUCGCACGAUCCCAAUAAGCCGAUAGAACACAAGUACUGCUCGACGGAGGAGAACGCGGCUGUCUGCGGAGCCGCUUUCUCAGAUGCCCAGGGAGCGGGUUACGUGACGGCUGCCUACGACAGGAGAGAAAUAUUGUGCUAUGCUAUGUGAUUUCCUCAAGUAACCUGUUCUCGUUCUUAUACAGCGUUGAUUUUGUGUUUUGUUUUAUCGCGACAUUAAACUUUGUGGUGAAUCGGUCAAGUUGCCUUAACGCGAUACUGGAUUUCAACUUGGUCUUUUUAAUUCCUAGUCCUUGAGAGAUGUAAUUUAACUUUAUUUUGUUGUGUACUGACUGCGUUUUUGGUAUAGGAUAAUGCAGGAAUAUGAUGAGAUUUAAGCCAAAUGCCAAGCGCUGGGACCAUGAGAUGAGGUCAUUCAGCUUUGGUUGUGUUUUUGAUGCUCGUUCAUUCAUGACAUUAUUACAAUUGAUUUUAUUAAGGUAAAUACUUGUCUGACAGUUACUACGUUAAAUGGAAAACUUGUUUAUGUAUUCUCCGAUGCUUUACGGUAAUUGUUUGAGAGAGAGAGAGAGUAAACAUAUCUAUCCACACUGAUGCAGAACACCCACAGAGAGAGAAAAUGUGUGUGUGUGUAAACAUAUCUAUUCAGAUUGAUGCAGAACCCUCACAGAGAGAGAGAGAGAGAGAGUGUGUGUGUGUGUGUAAACAACUAUCUAUCCAGAUUGAAGAGAAAGCUCAGAGAGAGAGAAAGAGAGCGUGUGUAAACAUAUCUAUCCAGAUUGAUACGAAAAACUCAGAGAGAAAGAGAGUAAUAUCCGUCCAGAAUAACAAAACCUAAUCUUAAAAGAGAUGUCCACGUCUCAUAACCUUUAUACUUCCCGCUGACCACCAAUGCCUUAGCUAAGUCUUUAAAUGUAAACUUUCAACUUUCUUGCUUUGUGUAAACUAUUGAGUUGAUUGUAUAAUUUAGGCCAAACUUCAAGCACUGGGAUCUUUGAGGUCAUUCAGCGCUGAAAUGGAAAUUGACAGUAAAAGGUUUGAAAGGUGUAACAGGAGGAAAACUUCGCAGUUGCAAUAUGGAAAGUAAGAUGAAAGAAAGUAGAAAAUUAAUUGAAUCUAGGGGCCGAAGGCACGCUUCAAAAAACCUUAAGUAAUGCCUACAGUGCACCGCAUAAGGUCCACUGACGGAGCUUGUAAACUAUUGCCAUAUAACGGUCACCGACUAUCCCAUAACCACCAAGUCGGUAAUACACAGAUUCAGUGGUAUAGCAUAGCAUCUUCCUAAUUCAAUAGGAAAAUUUGUCUGGGGCAUAUUUUUUUUAACACCACUUUGUCUAUAACACAUAUAUAAAUCCCAUCUGGUCAAAUAUCAGAGUCUGAAAAACAUGGAAUUGUUUAUUGAUUUGAUUAUUCAAUAAAUUUUAAGCAUUCAAUACCUGUGGGUUUUUAUUACUGAACAUUCUUGCCUGGAACUCCUCUUUCUUUCUUUAUUUUAUUGGGGGGUGCAAAGUUUCGUCUGUCAGGUAAUUAUAAGAAUUUGUCUCUGGAUCAUCAAAAAUUCUAAGAAUUUGUUCCAAUUCCAGGUAAAAGGUAUAAUUCUCAUCCUGAUUUGUUAAGUCGUAUCAGAAAAAGUGAUAAUUAUAUUCCUUUACAGAUAUUUUCCCUCGAAAGGUAUUUUGUGAUAAGAUUGUUAUACUGUUCACCAAGCUCAUGAUUGUAAUGGAAAAGUUCCUAUAAUUAGUUGGAAUUUUAGCCAUUUCUAAAAUAACCUUAGCACCAAAGUACUUUAUUUCAACGGCAGUUUCAGUAUAGACUCCCUGACCUGAGGUCAUCUACUAUUUGAGAAUUUACGUAUAUUUCUUGUAUUGUAAUAAUUAUCAAACUAAAAAUCUUUUCAUUAGAACUAAUAAAUCAAAUGCAACUUGAAAAGUGUGUAUUUUUUGCCUAAACCAGUUCAUGGAUUCAGGAAUACCUAUCUACUAUUGUUUUAUGUAUUUCUUGCAUUGUAAUAUGCACGAUUAUCCUCAAAAUCAUUUCAUUGGAACUAAU